GAGCUCCUUGUCUUCAAGGAGUUAAGCAAGGGCUGUGAUGCUGCUCUGUCCGGUGCCAUACGAAAGCAGUUAAAACACUGGAAUUGUUUACUGCCGAAAUCCUUGUUAGUCAGCAGAGCCACUUACACCAGAUUUCUUUGCGGUUUUUAGUGGAAAAUAUUAAACAGUCGCUUUUGCUUCAGUUACAGAAAUUUUACGUUUUCGGCUGAGUUAGUCACAGAGCUGGCACAAGCGUAUCUGCAAAGACUGCCCCCAAAAAAGGCGCCUUUUUCCUUUUUCCUUUUUUUUUUUUUUUUUUUUAUGCCAGAGGAAGUUACACUGAGAGCAGCAGCUCGGCUCUGUAAGUGUGACAUGUGAGCAUUACGAGGCAUUUCAGCCUGCGAGCCUGCAGUCGGUGCUCAGUUGGAGCGCCGCCGUGGCUGCGCGUCGUGCUCUGCUCGGACAGGCAGGCUUGUAUAAGCUGAUCAUAUAAUUUAGCUUGUCAGGGAAAAAAACAAACAAACUGAUAAGCAGAACCUCUAACCGAAGAGGAAAAUCAGGUUGGCACAGUGACAGCUGUUCGAAUAAAGAACUUGGCUCAGAGAAGAUGCACGGAGUCUGAUUUUUUUUUUUUCAUUUUUUUUUUUCUCCGCUCGAUCUGAAUGAAGACUCUCAUGGGAACUGCAUUCACGUGGUGAUCGAAAGAACCACUUGAGUGAUGAACUGCUUUUGCAGAAGAAGUCUAGGGCAGCAGUUUGAGCUUCUGUGUGCGGUGGCUCGCUCGUUUUGCUGAAGCCUUCCGCCUCAUCGGUGUUCCCGCCUGACGCCUUCCCUGAUGGAGGAGCCACGGCUGCUGCCUGGGGAAGGGAAAAGGAACGCUCCGCAUCGCUUGUGGCACUGACGGAGUAAAACUACCCGCGUUUCUGUCAGCUGGGGAGCCUGGGUUAAACCGGCGACAUUAUUCGAGGAGUUGCAUUGUCCCCGUGGUCUGACUCAUCGCAUGUAAAUGUACUGCAGCCUCACCGUACAUUGCAGAUAUUUUCAUCGCAUGGGAAAGAGUUAUUUGCCUCUCUCCGCGUUCUGAGCAACUGCUGGAAAACAGAUGUCCUUUUUGGACGGACUCUUUUCGCCGCCGAGGGAUGGAGCCGUAGAAGCGCAGCAGGGUCAGAGCCCGCGUUUGUUUUCGGGCAGCGGAGAGCCCGCUGCUGUUGGCCGCCGCCUGACCGUGCAGGACCGCGUCUAGCCGCGGCCGUCUCCGUCGGGGCGAUUGUUCCCCGCUGGUGCUCUGCGGAACGGGGUCGUGGCUCCCGCAACAAUGCCUGCCCUGUGCGGGUAGAGGCGUGCUGCUGCAGCGGGGCUGGUAACGGGGGCAGAGCUGUCAGACAGUGCUGGUGUAAGCGGCCUGGAUCUAGGGAUAUUGGUAUCAGCUGUUCCACAGCCCUUCUGUUGCGGUUUCGAUGUUUCGUGGCGUUUUAUUUAGGAGAAGAACUUCUUUAACGACUCGGGGGGGUUCAAUCUGAAAAAUGAAGCGUGGGGGGGGAUUGCGAUGUCCUUUUUUAAUCAGUCGUGCGCCAGCAGCAGCACUCACAAGUCCGUGAGUGUGUGUGAGACAGGUGAGAGCACCUCCAAUGUGCUCCCUGGUGUGAUACCUGCAGCCUGCUUCCAGAAACACAGUUGCUGGCGUUUUUUUGUUGGCUUUUGCUUCCUCAAACGGAUCGAAUGAGUCGGGUCUGUAUUGUUGUUUUGGAGGAGGAGGAAGAUGAUGCUCCCACAUUUAUUUCCAAAUUGCCUCAGGAAAAUAUAUCUUUACGUCCAUCGCCCUCUGGAAACGUGCUGCCACCAUUGGUUCAAGCUAUAUUUAAUGGAGAUCCUGAUGAAGUUCGAGCACUAAUAUUUAAGAAAGAAGAUGUUAACUUUCAGGAUAAUGAGAAAAGGACCCCUUUACAUGCUGCUGCCUAUCUGGGAGAUGCAGAAAUUAUUGAACUACUUAUUUUAUCUGGAGCUAGAGUUAAUGCCAAAGACAGCAAAUGGUUGACUCCUUUACACAGAGCUGUGGCAUCUUGUAGUGAGGAUGCUGUUCAGGUGUUGUUAAAGCAUUCAGCAGAUGUCAAUGCUCGUGAUAAGAACUGGCAGACACCCCUACAUAUAGCAGCUGCAAAUAAAGCUGUGAAAUGUGCUGAGGCUUUGGUGCCUCUUCUAAGUAAUGUAAAUGUGUCUGAUCGAGCAGGCAGAACUGCGUUGCAUCAUGCAGCCUUCAGUGGACACGUUGAGAUGGUCAGCUUACUGUUGUCUAGAGGAGCCAAUAUUAAUGCAUUUGACAAGAAAGACAGAAGAGCUAUACACUGGGCAGCAUAUAUGGGUCAUAUUGAAGUUGUGAAAUUACUUGUGGCCCAUGGAGCUGAAGUAACGUGCAAAGACAAGAAAUCAUAUACACCCUUACAUGCUGCAGCAUCUAGUGGGAUGAUCAGUGUAGUCAAAUACCUUCUAGACCUUGGAGUUGAUAUGAAUGAACCAAAUGCCUAUGGAAAUACUCCACUCCAUGUGGCUUGCUACAACGGACAAGAUGUUGUAGUGAAUGAACUCAUAGACUGCGGUGCUAAUGUGAAUCAAAUGAAUGAGAAAGGUUUUACACCUUUGCACUUUGCUGCUGCGUCGACACAUGGAGCAUUGUGUUUAGAACUUUUGGUCUGCAACGGAGCAGAUGUAAAUAUGAGGAGUAAAGAUGGGAAAACACCUUUGCACAUGACAGCAAUCCAUGGUAGAUUUUCAAGAUCUCAAACCAUCAUUCAAAACGGAGCUGAAAUAGACUGUGAAGAUAAGAAUGGAAAUACUCCUUUGCACAUAGCAGCUAGAUAUGGCCAUGAGCUAUUAAUCAACACUCUGAUUACGAGUGGUGCUGACACUGCAAAGCGGGGUAUACAUGGGAUGUUUCCUCUCCAUUUGGCAGCAUUAAGUGGAUUUUCAGACUGCUGCAGAAAGCUCCUCUCAUCAGGUUUUGACAUAGACACACCAGAUGACUUUGGCAGAACUUGUCUUCACGCAGCUGCAGCUGGAGGGAAUUUGGAGUGCCUAAAUCUUCUCCUAAAUACUGGUGCAGACUUCAACAAAAAGGACAGAUUUGGGAGAACUCCACUCCAUUAUGCUGCUGCCAAUUGUAAUUACCAGUGCCUGUUUGCCCUUGUGGGAUCUGGAGCUAGUGUGAAUGACCUUGAUGAGAGGGGUUGUACACCUCUGCACUAUGCAGCUGCAUCAGACACAGAUGGAAAGUGCCUGGAAUACUUGCUAAGAAAUGAUGCCAAUCCAGGGAUCCGAGACAAACAAGGAUACAAUGCAGUUCACUAUUCUGCUGCUUAUGGUCAUCGCUUAUGUCUUGAAUUGAUUGCGAGCGAAACGCCUCUAGAUGUUCUAAUGGAAACAUCAGGUACUGACAUGCUGAAUGAUUCAGACAACAGAGCACCUAUAAGCCCACUGCAUUUAGCUGCCUACCAUGGCCACCAUCAAGCUCUGGAAGUGCUGGUACAGUCACUGCUGGACCUUGAUGUGAGGAAUAACAAUGGAAGGACACCACUGGAUCUUGCUGCCUUCAAGGGACACGUGGAAUGUGUAGAUGUGCUCAUUAAUCAAGGAGCGUCAAUCUUGGUGAAAGAUUAUGUUGUAAAGAGAACCCCAAUACAUGCUGCAGCUACAAAUGGUCACUCAGAAUGUUUGCGACUAUUGAUAGGAAAUGCAGAGCCACAGAAUGCAGUGGACAUUCAAGAUGGAAAUGGACAGACUCCUCUGAUGUUGUCAGUUCUCAAUGGGCACACCGACUGCGUUUAUUCACUCCUUAACAAAGGAGCAAACGUAGAUGCCAAAGACAAGUGGGGAAGGACUGCAUUGCACAGAGGGGCAGUUACUGGGCACGAGGAAUGUGUGGAAGCAUUGCUUCAACAUGGUGCUAAGUCCUUAUUACGAGACUGUAGGGGGCGAACCCCUAUACACUUGUCAGCUGCAUGUGGACAUAUAGGUGUUCUGGGAGCUCUCUUGCAGUCAGCUACAUCUGUGGAUGCAGUACCUGCAAUAGCAGACAAUCACGGCUAUACAUCGCUGCACUGGGCCUGUUAUAAUGGUCAUGACAGUUGUGUAGAGCUCCUCCUGGAACAGGAAGUUUUCCAGAAAGUGGAGGGAAAUUCUUUCAGUCCGUUGCAUUGUGCUGUGAUAAAUGACAAUGAAGGUGCUGCAGAAAUGUUAAUUGAUACUCUAGGUGCUGGUAUUGUAAAUUCAACAGAUUCAAAAGGAAGGACUCCUCUUCAUGCAGCAGCUUUUACAGAUCAUGUCGAGUGUCUACAGCUUCUGCUCAGUCACAACGCUCAAGUAAAUGCUGUAGAUGCUUCUGGGAAAACACCUUUAAUGAUGGCUGCAGAAAAUGGGCAGACAAAUACAGUUGAGGUGCUGGUUAGCAGUGCUAAGGCUGAUCUGACUUUGCAAGACAGUUCUAAGAACACAGCACUCCAUUUGGCUUGCAGCAAGGGUCAUGAAACUAGUGCCUUGUUAAUACUGGAGAAGAUUACGGAUAGAAACCUCAUCAAUGCCACCAAUGCAGCCUUGCAAACGCCUCUGCAUGUUGCUGCUCGAAAUGGACUAACGGUUGUAGUUCAAGAACUUUUAGGAAAGGGAGCAAGUGUACUUGCUGUAGAUGAAAAUGGUUACACACCAGCUUUGGCCUGUGCACCCAAUAAGGACGUUGCUGAUUGCCUAGCUCUCAUCCUGUCCACGAUGAUGCCUGUUUCAUCAAGCAGCACAUUGCCUUCCUUUACAUUCAAUACCAUUAAUCAUUACACCAACACCUCAAAAACUGUCACCUUCGAUUCCUUGCCAGUCAUGAGGAGUGACCAUAGCUCUUAUUGUACUUUCAACAAUAUUGGCAGGGAGGAUGGCUACCCCUACACAGAAGAAGACGAACUCAAUGACUCUGAUUCUGAGACCUAUUGAACGCUUUAUUUUGUAGGUCUGAAGAGUGAACCCGAAGGCUGGAAAGUCAGCAGACUUGGGCUUUUGAAAAAAAAAAAAAAGCUGUCAGAAUUUGAAUACAAAAAGAAGACAGACCUUUGAGAAGAUGUUUUUUAUUGUGGUUGCAUAUAAAAAAAAUCUGUGAGACUCUAGGGGGAUUUUUAAGAGCAUAUUUUGCAGAAGAAGCAUAAAUUCUUGAAUAAGUACUUGGAAUCCGUGGCAAAAAAAAUAAAAUAAAGAAUGUCAAAACUGUUUUAUUUAACUAUUCUACCAUUCUGUUUCUGGUGCCAGGAGUAAUUUCUGCAGACUAGGCACCCUACUUGAUGUAAAUGAUCGACACUAUUGUACAACACAAAGGAUGCUAGAUUUAAAUAUUGUCAAUAAAACUAAAACCAUUUUGAAGGCAAUAAAUGAGUUUGGUACAGUAGGCAUUGUUUGUGCUGCAAAUUGCCAAAGGACCAAAUAACUUAAAGAUUUUUUUUAAUUAAAUACCUUUUUUGUGAAAACUGGAAUAGGUUCUUUGAGAAGUUGUUUUAAUCUUAAUCACUUCUUGGAAAGAAGCUUAGAUUUGGUUUUAAGUGUUGAUUUAUUUUUUUUAUCAUCUAAAAGCCUUCCGACACUAUUAAAUGUACCAUGAAAGAAAGCAGAUGUAUUUUUAAGUUUUGUUUUCUUUUUCUUUUAGAUUAAAUGAAAAUGAACUUGUCAUACUUUUAUAAUACUAAAAUUAAACCAGCUAACAAGGUGAAGUCAGGGUGAAAAAUGUACAGUGUAAUAAACAAGGGAAGGGGUGGGAGAUGUGGGAGGGAAGCAGUAAUUGUUGCACAGUUUUAGAUUUUUUAACUUUUGGGUUUUGGAUUGAGAUUUUUUUAAUUUAAAAUACGUGAGUAACUUGGAAACUAUGAAACUGCAUAAAAAAUUGAAAUGAAAUGUCUUGACAACCCUGUUGUGACUGAGAGUUCUUUUCAACAAUUUGUCCACUUCCUUAUAUCAUAAAAUUGUACGUAAGAUUCAAGCUGUAUGUCCCUAUCACUUUUUUGUUUUUAAAAUCCUGGAGUUACAAGGGAGGGGGAGGGGAAGGUGAAUUUAAAAGUAUAUUUCCCUAUUAGCAGAAAGUACAAUGUCUGGUCUGUGGGAAGAGCUGUGUAUCUUUGUUGUGCUCCUUUUAGAAAGUGAACGGCAGAAACAGGUCCCUGUAAUGUAGUUCAGACUUGCCCGAAGUUUUUUUCUUUUAAUUUAUAACAGACUACUGUGGUUUUUUAAUUGCCUGAAAAAUGAAAAACUGACAUAAGUAAGCUAAAGUUUCAUCUGUUAAAUAUGAAUAUUUACUUUAUUGGGCUCUGCUUUAACUAUAACUGUUACUUUUCAAAUGAAAUUGCUUAUGUACAUGCAAGAAAUACUUGCAUGUCCUGGUAAAGUACAAAUAAAUUACUACAAACUGAUUCCAAUUUCCUUUUUAUCCUUUUUGUAUUGUGAAACUGGAAAUCUUUAUGAUAUUGUAAAUUAUCAGCUGGUUUUCUGAACAUAGUGUGGAAACAUGGGACAAUAUUUUGAUCUAUUUGAUAAUUUUGUGGGGUUUUUUGAAGAAUUAAUGAGCAUGUACAUAGAAAUAGUGACUGCUUGAAUACUGUAUUUACCUGCACUCUUUCAGUACUUCAAGAUUCCUGUAUAUUUUGCGGAGUAUAAUAAAACCCAAAUGUGAGUU